AUGGCUGGCAUCGGCGGAACCCGUCAGCAGGCAACGAUGAGCCAGGCUGAAUUUGUAGAAGAAGUGGAUGCGCUCUCCAUCGUAAUGAAUCGGAUGGGGAAGGAUUUAUUUCACAUGGGCUACUACCUUGAAGCCCUCAAAAUCUACGAGGAGGCUCUGUCCCUGCAACUCUGCCACUCCGCCUCUGUCGGCAGAGUUGUUUCCCUGCUCUUCUGCAACAUGGCCAUGACUUACGUCAAGUUGGGGAGAUUCGAAGAUGCUGUGACCAUGUCGUGCAAGUCCAUCGACGCUGACCGGCAAUGGUGCAAGGGUUACUAUCAGCUGGGCACGGCGCUCGCUGGGCUGGGCGAGGCAAAGGAAGCAGUCGCUGCGCUGCAACAUGGCCUGGCUGUCCUGCUUGUCUCCUCUGGCCACACCGUCAACCUCACCGUUGAAUUCCUCAUGGAAAUGUUCAAGGCCAUGAACCGCAAGACCGACAACAAGAGCCUGUUCGUAGGGGUUCUCCGCAUGCUUCAAGAAGAACCGCUGCUGCACACGGAGAAAGUGUGGCAACAGCUGCUGCGCGAGAUGGCAGAGCAGGGCCUCUGGAAGGCACGUGCGGCCGACCGCGAGUCGCGCACGCCACUGCUGGCCCCGGGUCAAGAGAAGUGGAUCGCCGUUUUGGUCACGUGGCUCCUCAGCCACGGCGCGAAGCCCGCCUCCAUCGGCGCCAACCCCUUGCACGCCGCGAUGAUCCUCAUCCUUUACAAGGGCAUUGAUGACGAAGAGGGGCUGCGCGUCCUGAAGCUGCUCUUGGAGAAAGCCCCGAACGUCAACGCGAGGGACGCGGGCGGCAACUCCCUGCUGCACCUCGUCUUCUCUUCGCCGCCCUCGAAGCGCCACGACGAGAUACUGCGCCUGCUCGCCGCGUGCCGCGUCGACGGCGCGUGCCGCAACAAGGCGGGGAGGCGCGCGUUCUGGGGCGUCGGGCCGAAAGACCCCCGCGUGCGGACGUGGAACAGCCUCGCCCGCGAGCAGAAAGGCGGCGGCGGCGGCGGGAGCGGACGCGACGGCGGGAGACGCAGGCGCCCGCCGGAGCGCAGGAGGGCGGCCGGGCCCGAGGCGCUCGCCUCCGAUCCCGUGGGCGAAACGGUCGAGGAGGCGGGGGAGGACGACGACGGCGACGACGGCGACGUGGAAAAAGUGGACGCCGCGAAGGAGGAUGCGGUCAGUUUGGCCCGAGACGCCUUGGCCCGAGAAAUCGAAGGGCUCAUCGAGGAGUACGACCCCGCGGAGACGCGGGCGGCGAGAUCCGCGGAGCCGGCGUCUCCCGCGCCGACGGCCGCCGAGCCGCCCCCGAGCGUCGCCGAACGCCAAGCCGGCGGCGGCGGCGGCGGCGGCCCUCCGGAUGCGCCCGACGAAGCGGACGGUUUGUCCGACGGCGAAGACGCCCGCGACGAGGACGGUGUCGGGGACGGCGGCGGCGACGACGACGGUGACGAUGGCACGGCGGGCCCUGACUUCGAAUCGCUGACCUGGGAGAUCGAGUGCACUCGCGACGCCCUCAGAACCCUCAACGACAAGAGCCUCCCGCGCGCCGCGAGGAGGAAUAUCGUGAGGGUGAUUUACUCGCUGGGCAACGGUGACUGGCACCUUCACCGCAUCAAGAAAGUGAAAGGCGUCGCCGAGUCCAGCGAGAUCAGGCUGUUUGAGGCCAGGGUAGACAGGGCCGCCAGGCUGCUUUGGGAAUUGGCGAUCGACUUUUCGCCACGUUGCAGUGCCAAGCCCGAGAAAAUCACCGGCUCCGAAGAGUCUGCUUCGGGAGGAGAGACGACUGGAGAAGUCUACAGCGAGAUCAUCCGCAUUUGGGACAUUGUCCUUGAUCACAAGCAACUCGACCACAGAAUAAAGAGGAUCAUUUCCUCCUGCGACCGUGGGACGUCCUGCUCGCUCCGCCGCAAGCUGAAGGGCAUCGAGCGAGCAUCGUUCCCCUCGCAGCAGAACGUGCGGCGGAGGUACCCGCUGCUCUUCGUCAAGGCGGGCGGCUCCGCCGGUGCCCGGCCCGUGUCGGCGGAAGCCCGGGAUUACUUUCCUCCGGCGAGCACGAUGGAGAACGAGUACAACAUCGAGAAGUUCCACACCUUCGGCACGACCGUGGCGCUCAACGUCCUGCGCUGCCCCGAGCAGACGAUCGAAUACCCGUUCCGCGUGGGAGAGCUGGAGCACGCGGUCAUCAACCUGAACCCCACGCCCUCGGAAGCCAUCAUCCUCGUUGGCCGCUCGGGCACCGGCAAGACCACGUGCCUGAUGUACCGGCUGUGGAACACGUUCGACAGGUAUUGGCAGACGACCGCGCUCCGGGGAGAGCCGUGGAUCCCGAAGGCCGCGCUUCCGCCGCCUCCGUUGCCGGACGACGCGGGAGUCGGGGAGGACGUUGCGUUUGACUGCCCCGUGAAGAACGGCUGUGUAGGUGAUACCGGCCGAAAGGGAACGCGCGAGCCGGAACGAGAAGCUUGCCUCCAUGCUUCAGAGCUUUUCGACGUCGACCGAGGAAAUGAUUUCUUGGAACCUGCGGCCGAGCUCGGUGCCGCACGGCUCGCAAGUCACCAGCCCGAGGGAGGCGCCGCUCCAAUUUGUGAACAUCUUCAUCAGCUGUUUGUCACCAAGAACCACGUGCUGUCUCGAGAGGCGCAAAGGAACUUUGUGGAACUGUCCAAAUCUACCGCCGGCACCCGGCACUACUCGCCCGUUGACAUCAGCGGCGUGUACAGGCUCCAGGACGUCAAAGACGAGAACUUUCCGCUCUUCUUGAACUCGCGACAACUCCUCCUGCUGCUCGACGCGUCGCUCGCGAACCCGUUCUUUGCCAGGAACGGAGACGGGAGCUUAAAGGAAGCCGUCCGCGGGUGGUCCAUGGACGACGACAUUUUGGGCCUCGGCGACGCAGAAGACGCGAUGGAAGAGGAUCCUGACGACGAGGAAGACCACCGGGCGGACAUCGGCAAACUUCACGAAUCCAAAAAAGAGGACCCCAGGAAGUUCGUGACGUACGAAGUGUUCACGAGCGACAUCUGGCCCGCCAUGGUGAAGGGGAAGAGCCCGUAUAACCCUGCCACGGUGUGGAUGGAGAUCAAGUCUUUCGUAAAGGGCUCCGUGGAGGCCCUCCAGAGCCCCAACGGGGUCCUCGGUUUGGAGCACUACGAGGAGCUGGGCCGGAAGCGGGCGCCAAACUUCACCGGGGACCGUGGCGAGGUGCAUCGGCUGUUCCGCGCCUACCAGCACGUCAAGUCCCAGAGGUGCUUCUUUGACGAGGAGGACCUGGUGUUCCACAUCUACUCUCGCCUCUGCCGGCUCGAGGUCACGCCUUGGUCAAUACAUGAGCUCUACGGGGACGAGAUCCAGGACUUCACGCAGGCCGAGCUGGCGUUGCUCAUGCGCUGCUGCGCCGACCCCAACGCCAUGUUCCUCACGGGGGACACGGCCCAGAGCAUCGUGCGCGGCGUGGCGUUCCGUUUCAGCGAGCUGCGUUCGCUCUUCCACUUCGCCAGCCUCCCGCCAAGCGGCGGCGGCGGCGGCGCGGCGCGUCGCUCGCGCAUCGACGUGCGCAAGCCCAAGCGUCUGUACGAGCUCUGCCAGAACUACCGCUCGCACUCGGGCAUCCUGGCGUUCGCCUCCAGCGUCGUGGACCUGCUCCAGCACUUCUUCCCCGAGUCGCUGGACUGGCUGCCACGGGACCAGGGGCUGUUCGCGGGGCCGCUGCCCGUCCUGCUCGACUCGUGCAGCUCCGAGGACCUGGCCAUCCUGCUGCGAGGCCACCAGCGCCGCGCCCAGCCCAUAGAGUUCGGGGCGCACCAGGUGAUCCUGGUUUGUAAUGAGAAAGCCAAGGAGCAGCUCCCAGAGGAGCUGAGCCUGGGCCUGGUGCUCACCGUCUACGAGGCCAAGGGGCUGGAGUUUGACGACGUUCUCCUCUACAACUUCUUCUCCGACUCGGAGGCGAGCUUCCCCCCCCCCCACGGCCUCCGCUUGGUGCCCGUUGCACGUGUCCCCGAUAUUGCCACCUUUCCCUCCUUGUCAGGGGACUCCUCGGCAACCAAGGAGUGGCGGGUGGUGAACUCGUACGAGGCGCCUGCCCGCAGCGACGACGCCGGCACCGUGCCCUCGCCGCGGCCGCUGGAGGAGACGUUGCUGGAGGAGGAGGUGCUGCUGCCCGGCUCCCGCCCUCUCAACUUUGACCCCAUUGCCCACAAGGUGCUUGUCGGCGAGCUCAAGCGCCUGUACACGGCGGUGACGCGCGCCCGGGUCAACCUGUGGGUGUUCGAUGACCACGAGGAGAAGCGCACGCCCAUGUUCCGCUACCUCGUCGGGAGGAACCUCGUCACGCUCGUCCGUGCCACCCCGGGCGAAGAGGAGGGCCUGGAUGAUGGUGUCUUUGUGCGCUCUUCCACGCCGGAGGAGUGGAACGCUCAGGGAGAUUUCUUUUUCAAGCAUCGUCGCUGGAAGGUGGCAGCCAAGUGCUACCGCAAGGGUGGGGUUGCGGCGAAGGAGAAGCUGGCGCUGGCUCACGACGCGGCGCUGCGCACGCAGAGCAGCGGAUGGAGCCCCGGCAAGGCCCAGGACUACCUUGCCCUGGCCAAAACGUACCUCGAGUGUGGCCUGCCCCACAUGGCGCUCAAGUGCCUGCAGAACGCAAAGAGCUACCCCCUCUGCGGCAGGCUGUGCGAGCGUCUCGGCAAGGUGCGAGAGGCAGUCGGGUGGUACAUGAAGAGCUCGUGCUACGACGAGGCCGCGAGGCUCAUUGAACGGUGUGAGGCCGAGCAGAGCCCCGACGGAGGCCUCGCCCCCGUGGACUUCCCGUGGAAGUGGCGCGAGCUCCGCUUCGUGGCCGCCAGGCGUCACGUGGAGCGGGGCGACGAGGGCGCGAUGAUGAGCUCGCUGUCCCGCGUCGCCUUCGAGGAGCAGCUCGCCUUCCUCAGGAUGAACGACUUUUUGGCCCAGGCCGUCGCCCUCCUCGAGCAGAGGGGCAGGGUCGAAGAAGCCGGGAAGAUGCUUCGAGAACACGGGAUGAUUACCGACGCGUUGCGGCUCGCCAGGCCCGGGAGCCAAUUCGCUGGCGAGUGCCUCCUGGCGAAGGCCCGUGCCGCGUUGCGGGCGUUGCGGGCACGCGCCAGCCGACGAGACGAGGCGGAGGAGGAGGAAGCUUUGCGCGAAAUAAAAGCAGAACUCCAGAGCGUGAGGGAAACGUGCGAGAAUAACAACUUUGUGAGCGGGAAGGCCGAAGCCUGCUACAUGCUUGGGAAGUUGGAAAGCGACGAAGACCUCCUGCGUGAAGCAAUCACGCUCUUCCUCGAGGCCGACGUGGUCGUGGGCGCUGCCGAAGCGACCGCGGCUUUGCUGGACGUCGAGGGCGGGGGGUCGCCGCACGUCGUCCCCAUCAUACUCGAGGUGCUGCAGCCCCUGCUGCGGCUCGUGGCGAGCUUCCUCGGCGGCGGCGCGAGAUCAGGGGAGGCCGCGGCUCAUCGGGAGCAGUGGCUGGCGCAGAGCUGCGAGUUUUACGGCUUGAGCCGGAGCGAGGGGUCCUGCAGGGUGUUGACGCAGGAGGGCUCCAGGUUCCUCGACGUGCCCGGCGGCCCGAGGCACGGCGACGGAGAGCCGCCGCGCGUGCCCACGCCCGAGGCGGACCGCGUCCUCGCGCGGCACCUGCUGGGUCGCUGCGAGCGCCUCGCCCGGGCGGCGGAGUCCCGCGCGCGCCAGACGCCGGGGGUCUGCGGGCGCCACCCGACGGGAGGGGCGUGCCCGCUCCGAGAUUGCCGCGGCGCGCACGGCGGCGCGGCCGGCGGGGCGGAAUUGAAAAAGUUGGUGGCGAGCAAAGUUCACCUGGUGACGCUGUCCGGAAUUCUCCUGGAAGCGAUCCCGCAACUGGAGUCCCGGAGCCCCGAAGCGGCAAAAUUUGUGGAGGCGCUCCUUCCCAAGCCAGAGCUGGCUGACUGCGAGGACCUCCUCGCCCUGCUGUUCCCCAGCCGUUUCCACCCGCGAGGGCUGUCGGAGAGCCCGGCGUCCUGCGGGGACAUCCUGGCGCCGAUACGGAGCAACCCUCACGUCGGCUCCGCGAUGCGCGAGCUCGUGGCGCGGGAAGUCGCCUCCCGCGGCGAGGAGAGCCGGAGGGAAUCGACCGACCUUUGGCUCGAGGCGUACCGCGCGGCGCGCGCCGUCAAUUCUCCGACGGAGCCCGGCAGGCUCCUGCGCGCCGAAGAAGAAGAAGAAGAAGCGUUUCGCCGGCGCGUCGAGCGGAAGAGGUCGGGGCCGGGCGGCGCCACCGGCAUGCUCGUCCUGCCCAAUGGACGCUACGCCAGCUUUUUCAACCUCUUCGCGGAAUCGGCGGAGAAGGCGUUCGCGCGGGGAGACGUGCUGGGCUCGAUCCACGCCUUCUGCCGCUUCCGCAAGCUGAUCGGGACGCGGCGGCAGCGUCGCGGCGGCGGCGGCGGCCUCGCGCCCAGCGUGGCCAACGCGGCGGCGAUGGCGGAGCUGCAGUUGGUGCUGGUCUGCGCGGUCCACGCGAGCGCGCGCCCCGACGUGAACACGGUCUGCCUGCCGCAGGGCUACCUCGCCACGCUGAACCUGUGGAGCUGGAUGCAUCCGCCCAACCCGCGGGCGAAACAUCACCGUGACGUCUUCGAGGCUAUUAAUGAGUUCGGCAGAGGCCAGCAGCAACCUUCCGGCCACGACAGAGUGCUGAGGCACGUCGACCACUUGGCCCUCAUGGUGUGCGGCGAGCGCAACGAGUUCCUGCUCGACGCCUGCGGCGAUGACCCCUGCGUGGAGUCGGGGGCAGCGGAGCGCCUGGUCGUGCUGUGCCUGGUCAUGCUCGUUAACGUCCACAUCCUGAGGAGGGCGAAGCUCCAGUCCCGCAUCCGCGCGGCCGUCAGGAACGCCGGCGAGGGCCUCCCGCCCGAGAGGCGGGACAGGCUGCCGCCGCGUCUCCUGCGCUGCCUGGAAGCGGCCGACGCGGCCAAAGGACCCGGCGACGUGGCGGCUGCCCUGGACGCGCUUCUGCGGCAGAGGGAUGGCGAUCGUCUCUACGACUGCGUGUGGAGCUCGCGGAGGCGCGGCUUCUUUCUCCACCGCGGGUCGUCGGCCUCCCGAUUCCCCGAGCGAUUUGAGCGCGACCCGGGGGAGCCGGGGAUUUCCGCUUCGAGCCCGGGGCGGUGGAGAGCGGCACGGCGGGCCCUGCAGUUUGCCGUGGCCCUGAGCGCCGGGCUGAGGGAGGAAGCCACGGGACAGACGGUCCUCAGACCCGCGCGGCUGACCCAGGGGCGCUGCGGCGUGUGCGGCGUGAGCUUCGCCGAGGAGCGGGACGCCAACGCCGCCGCCGCCGCCGCCGGCGGCGCGUCCGGCGUCUCGGCGAGCGGCCACUACGGGUCCCGGGGCCACGCGUCCGGGACGGAGCGGUAUCACGCCUACGUCGUCGAGUUCCGUCGCCUGGUAGAUCCGGCGACGCGGAAGGCGGCGGCGGGGCUCCGGCGGUCGGAAGGGCCGCGCCGCCAGGGGCGCGCCGGCGCGCGGUUGGAGAUGCGUCGGGAGGAGCUGAGGGAGGCGAUGAAGCGCGUGGAGCUGCUGGAGCGCGAGCAGCGCACCGGCGUGCUUUGGGAUGUCGGCGAGAAGCUGCGAUCGGCGGUGGAGCAUUUGGACAGGUGCACCACGGAGCUGGAGUCGAUCGUGGCCCGCGGAGCGGCCGACGCAGACGAGGUGCAUGAGGAUGAAGGAGAGCCAGAGGGGGCGGCGACCUUCAAGGAGCUCGACCCGCUGCACAAGACGGAGCGCAGGCCGGGGCCGCGGCGACGCCGAGGAGUCCCGGCUCCGGCACUCGGGCUUUGA